AAUUCUGGGAAGGGUAGGGAGGGAGGCAGGGAGAGGCAGCGUGUGCAUGUGUGAUGAGCAAUAGCUGUGGACCUUACAGUUGCUGCUAACUGCCCUGGUGUGUGUGUGAGUGUGCGUGUGUGUGAGAGAGCGAGAGAGAGCGAGAGAGGGAGAGAGAGAGGGAGGGAGGGAGGGAGUGGAGAGGGUGGGGGGGAGAGAUAAGAGAGAGAAGAGGAAAAGGAGAGAGGAGAAGGAAGGAAGAAGAAGGAAGGAAGGGGACAAUACGAUCAUGCUGUGCUGUAUGAGAAGAACAAAACAGGUUGAAAAAAAUGAGGAUGGGGACCAAAAGAUUGAGCAAGAUGGAAUCAAACCAGAAGAUAAAGCUCAUAAGGCAGCCACCAAAAUCCAGGCCAGCUUCCGUGGACACAUAACAAGGAAAAAGCUCAAGGGGGAGAAGAAGGGAGAUGCCCCUGAGACUGAUGCCACCGACAAGAAGGAGGAAGGCCCUGCUGGAGGAACAGCUGAGAACAAAGAGAGUGAGGCUCCCACUGCCACAGAAGCGGCCACUGCUGACAGUGCCCAGCUGGAGGAGGGCAGCAAAGACAGCAGUGCGCCAGCAGAGGAGAAAAAAGGGGAUGGAGCUGCCGACAAAAGCUCAGAGCCGCCAGCCCCACAGGCUGCCACUCCUGCUGCCUCCUCUGAGGAAAAACCCGCUGCUGCCACCACCGCUGAAACGGAAAGUGCCACUAAAGCUUCUACUGAUAACUCGCCGUCCUUGAAGGCUGAUGAAGCCCAAGACAAAGAGGAGCCUAAACAAGCCGACGUGCCUGCUGCUGACACCACUGCCACCACCACCCCUGCCGCAGAGGAUGCUACUGCCAAGGCAACAGCGCAACCCCAAAUGGAGACAGUGGAGAGCAGCCAAACCGAAGAGAAGACAGAUGCUGUAGAAGAAACCAAACCUACUGAAAGUGCCCAGCAGGAAGAGGUGAAAGAAGAAGAGAGCAAGGCGGACCAAGAAAAUGCCUGAACAUUAAGAAAUGACUCCCCAUUGCCCCUCCCUCCCUCCCCCUAUCCUCUAUCCUUCCUUCCCACCCCAAUCUCAAUCUCCCCCCUUCCUGCUCACAUCUGUGAGCCUGUCCAUCCCUCUCCCAUUCCCACUUAAACCCUUUUUCUCUCUGUGUGGCAAACAUUUAAAGAAAAAAAAAAGCAAAAAAAAAAAAAAAAAAGCAGGAAAAAUCCCAGUCAAACAGUGUGGCUUAAACAUUUCUUUGUUUCUUGGUGUUGUUAUGGCAAGUUUUUGGUAAUGAUGAUCCAAUCAUUUUGGGAAAAUUCUUGCACUGUAUCAGAGUUCUUUGACCUGGCGCGUACGUGUGUCUGUCUGCCCACUGCGAGCGCGCGCGCUCUCUCUCUCUCUCUCUCUCUCCUCUCUCUCUUCUCCAAGUGUGUGUGUGUGCAAUGUUACGUUCACCUGAGGAGUCCAGACUUACCGAGUGAGUUAAAACAAAAGAGGGGGGGAAAAAAAAUUAAGUACUUUUCUUCCUUUUUCAAUGUGAUGGAAUGAACGAAUGCAACGAAAAAGAAAAAAAGGAAAAAAAAAAAAGAAGAAAAAAAGACCAAAACCAACAAACGAGUGAAAAAUAAUACUAAACCCCAGUUUGUUUUCAGAACUAAAAUAACAACAACAACAAAAAUGUGCCAAUUAGCAUAAUGCUUGGCUCCAGGCUCCUUUUUCAAACUGAACAAUAAUUAUAAUAAAUGAGAACAAUGAUCAUUAAUACCACCGUGUCGCAUUUUUAUGCUGCUGUACAUCCUACUGGCCCGUGGUCUUUGGCAGGCCACUACUUUUGUGGCCCUGCUGUGCUCCUCAGCCACUGGUCAGUGACCAACUGCUCUCCCUGGCACUGCUGAGGGGAUUUUUGAAGGAAGCAGGCUUGGAUUUUGAGUGAGGUGUUAGCACUGACUAACAUAAAUAAGGAAAGUAUUAAAUCAGUUUUAGGAAAGAACAAAAUAAGUGGCCCUCUAGGAGACCUCUAAGCCCUGCAUUGGAGCACGUAUGGUGACCCUGGAGGGAUGAGCCAGCAGAGGGACCAACUUUGGUCCAUGCUGAAGGUCUGGCCACUGCCAAGGGGUACACCAAGGGCUGUGAGGCGACAGAGUCCCGGGGCCUGAGCUCCACCUGGCAGCAAGGUGAUGCUCACUGCAUCGGGCUGGAGUUGGAGAAGUCAUUGAGUAGCAUAGUAUGGCCCUCCAAAAAUAUUCUGUUUGGCAAAAUAAAUUGGCCCAGUGCAUUGAAUAAACAGGCACAUGCAAAUGACAAGGUCUGGUGGUGUAAGAGCCAGUCAAUGCACUUUGAGAAAUCCCUCAUUCCUUCUCCCUGGUGAAACCUGUAAUGAUUCACCCAGCUCUAAGGAGGGCCAAGGCUUUUAGCUGUUGUUUAUGGCCUCCCCCAGCAGAGCACCACUUCACCAUCUCCACCACUGCUUUUCACAGGGUGUGGGAUGUUCCCUGGUGCACCCCACCCACAUGCCCGCUAGACCCAGCCUGUCCCGCUGGGGUACAGACAGACACCCAGCCUGAGCCUGAACAGCCACUGUGAGCUGCUGCUCUGUUUAUGAGCUGUGAGAGCCAACACUUAGAAUGAAUUCAGCAAUAACUGGGCUUUCAUAAAAGCCCAGCUAUUGCUCUUUCAUUGCCCUGAUUAUUAUCAUGUGCUUUCCUGGUUGCGUUGGCCAGUGAACCCUGUAGGAUUGCCCGACGAUGCUGCAGGGCCACAAUUAAAUUGGCCUCAUUGAAGUAGCAUCAAAAAGAUGGGUCUGUGGAUGGCCUCCAUGUCCCUUGGUGGCUGAUGCUUGGAGUGGCAACCCAAGCACCUUCAGAGGGCUGAGUGGCCCUCCCUGCCCUACUCCUUUGUUCUUCUCCAUCUCUUUGUUGGAAAUAGGGAGAAAAGAUAAACAGUGUCUCCUCUGUGAUGAUUGGUUUGAACGUAGACCGCUCACUGAAAGUGCCAUCAAAACGCAUCAGGAUUCAUUUCCAUGUCCUUCCUGGAAUUGUGUAGAAAUAAGAGAGAGAGAGAGAGACUGGGAGGAUUUUUUUAAAAGAGAGGGAAAGAGAGAGUGGGAGAAAGACUGGACAGAGAUUUUUAAAAACAGGGAAUAGAGAGAGGAAGGGGAAGAUUUUCGAGUGGAUAGAUGGGAUGAUAGGGAGAGAGAGGGGAGUAUAGCUAGAGUAAGAAAGAUUAGAGUGAAAAAGAUGAGAGAGAGACCGGAAGAAAUUAGAUCAUAUGGAGCAAUAGAUGAUUGAUAGAGAUAGUGAAAAGUAGCUAGCAAAAGUAGAUUAGACAGACUAAAUAGAAAGAUGGGCUGACUGACAGAUAGGUAUUGUGUCAUACUUCAUAAACGAUAUAUAUGCUAAUAUUCCCAUGUCAUGAUGGGUGGUAAACCCUGAGACACCUUCCAGCCUGACCUCAACUCAGCAAAUGUAGCGCAGACAUCAGGCAUUGCUUGGACCGUAUGUCAGGUCUCACCACCUUGCCUGUUCCUGCUGUGGAAGAGGCAGGAGGGUGGAUGGUCUUUGGGGAGGGAGAGCGCUCUGAUGGGCACGGGGGGCUGAGGUGUGGGGAGGAGAGGCAGAGUAUGUUUGCUGUUCGUAGCACACCAGGUGCCCAGCCCAGCUCGGACGUUGCAGAUGCAUUGUGUCUCUAGCACCAAGUUGAGAGAACUGAAGUUCAGCUCUUGGGAUUUGUGGGAGAAGUGUUUGGGAGAAGGCAGGAAGGAGAGAGUACGGCUUUUGUUUAGCCUCAUCUCCUGUCAUGACCAUUACAAGAGUUUUCUUAAGGACUGUCUUGCCUGUUUCUGCAAAGACCACGUGGUCUCUCUGCUAUUCUGACUUCAGACCCCAAGCUUUUCAUCUUGCCUCCUCUUUACUAUUACUAUUUUUAACUUUAUAGGGAAAAGAAAAUUGCCUCUCAUGUCUUCCUGGACAUAGGCCUUCCUCCCUCCUCAAAAAACAGAAACAUUUUUCUCUCCCAAGGGAUGUUUUAUCUUUGUAUUUUGCACGUUGCCUCUCACUUGGCUGAUGGUUGAGGCAUCACGUGUGUUUCGUCACCAUUUGUAAGAACAUACUUUGCCAUGUUGCUUAGAGAACAAAGGGUUGGGUUUUGUACUUUGAUUUUUUUCCCCUACAAAGAGAAUGGGGUAUGUGGUUACCAACUGCAAACCUAAAUAGUUUAAAUACUAAUUCCUCUCCCUUGGUUCCAGUUUAAAAUUAGCAGCUGUAACCAAGCUCCCCCCUGUCUUUCUUAUUGUACUGUGUCCUGAUCCUGCCAGAGAGUCAGGGCAAAGAGAGCGUGAGAGAGAGCACACAGACAAACCCUGCCUUGAGCAGGCAGUGGUUUAAUGUGGAAUACACAAGAUUUGUAUAGGAAGCUGGGCUGUCUUCAGGGUACAGGAAGAGAACAGAGAAAAACAUUUGGAUUUCCUUGAGCUGUCCCUUCAGCCAGAUUUUAAAAGGCUAAAAGGAAACAGUAUAAAGGAUGGAGCAUGGGAUGGAAACUGGAAAGAGAACCAGGGUAUUUGAGGAAAAAUUUGACUAGCAGGAUAUCAAGUGAGCUGCAAGCAGCACAAGAGGCAGGAGGUCCCAGAAGAAAGGAGGGGAGCAAGGAGUAUUCAGCAGAGUCAUUGGAGCUUUUCUUCUACUCCUGAUGCAACAACCAACAAGAAUUCCCCAGGGAGUAUAUCCUAAAGGGGGCACAGCUCUAUCUGGAGGUGUCUAUGGUUGUUACUUUAUGUAUGGAGUGAGAAGGGCAUGUCAGAGUGAUUCUCACCAGGAAUGUGGUGCCUGACUGCCUGACCUCACGUACAGUGGUGUGGAAAUUCAGAGGGCAAGAGGGGCUUUUUCCAUGCCUCUGUAGUAAGAUCCCAUGUGUACUGCAUGCUCAUACCAGCUGUAGGCCAGCUCUUAACAUUUCACUUCAUCUAGCUUAAGCCUUGGAAAAGUAGGAAAAUCCCAAGUAACACCCCCAAUCAAUGUAGUAGAUCAUUCUCAUUAAUUUGGUCUGCUUUACAACACUUGUGGCAUCCACAGACUGUCUGCAUUGAUAGCACAUGCAAACCCACAAUCCUUGCAAUAGUUGCAUCAGCCAGGAAGCUCCACCAUAAGCCACAUUCCAAAGGAAGAGGAAAGGCAUCCUGCUGAGAUCCCUUCAGACCAAGCGUUUUCCAACCCCAAACCCCAGUGCAGCCCCGUGAGAGGCUAUGGUGACAAUGUAAACACCAUUGCUUGGAGAACACGUUACUCUAAAUGAAAGAAAUGGCCAUGACUGGAGGAGAGGGGUUUAGAAAGAAAGUAAAGAAGAAAAAAAGAAAGAGGGAGUUCAUACCAAACUUCCUAUGGGAGUUAUUUCUUUUUUUUUUUCUGCAGUCUCUGUAUGGCAAACUAGCAUGUGAGGCUUUUUGUACUGAAGGUCUGGUGUUUGUCAUAGGUGUCUAGGGAAGGAAACUGAGUGGCUGUGGUUUGCCAAGGUGGAGAGAAGGGUCUGAAUGAAUUUUUUUGUGCCCUCUCUUGACUAACAGGGCCGUUCGGUGGUCACCUGCAGCUCAGCACUGUGGGAGGUUGUGGUGGGUGUCCUCUUCCAGGCCUGUGCUCAGAUUUCCUGCUUUUCUGCAUUGCCACAUUAGCACUUUCACUGGAUAUUUAGAGCACCUCAGGACUGGUUCUCCUCUCGUUCACACCGGGAUAACUCAGGAGUCACUCCACUGGAACCAGUGGUGUUAAUCUGGUGUGAAAAUAAUACGAGAGGAGGAUUCAACUCCUCGGGGGGGGAUUUUCCAGGUCCCCGAGGGGGAAAAAGAAAUCAAUGGGAGUUACAUGUCUAACUGCCACUUGUGCCUGUGAAAGUCUGCCCCUUAUCUACCCAUAUGUAUAUAGGGUACAGUUUUCAGAAUAACCUAAGUGACGUGGGCACUUGAGAGCAGACAUUUCACUGGCUUUCAAAGAGACAUAAGCUCCUAAGGCCCAGAUGCUGCAGUAUCUCCCAGCUCCUCUUUGCAGCGAAUUUGGGGUUUGAGGUCUAAAAUUCUCCAGUCGUUUUCCAAAAAUGGAUCUGACGAUGGUGAGUCAUUUAGGUGAUCCUGAAAGCGCUACCCUCUAUUCAUUUUUCAGGGUGUUGAUCUCAGGUCAUGUGCGAGCCUGCAUUCUUACCUACAAUGCUUUAUUACUACAUUCCUCUGUUGAGCAAUACUUGGAAGAAGAGGUGAAGGUCAAGAUGUGCAGAACAGGCUAGUGACCCCAGUGGCUCACGUCUGGAGUGCCCAACUUGAGAGAAACCUCACUGGGGCCCAGUCCACAGGUCCCCCGUAUACUCUGAACAUCAAGAUUAAUGUAUUACACACCCAGAACCACUGGUCACUUCCUAAACAAAAACCCCAGCCUGAGACCUAGCCUACUCUCACAAAAGAAAAUACUAGGUAAACUUUUCAUCCAGUAGCUUGGUUUUUCUGCUCAUGCCUGUUCCCAAUGAAUGAAUCACAUCCCUGUGCACCAUCUAAGCCCUAUUUUGAGGAGUUACACUGGCAUACAGCUGAAGUAACACAGUAGUAAAUUGGGGCCUGAAGAAGGCGGCUACAGCCUAGAGAGUAUCAAGAACUGUGAAGUGUCUGGAAGCUAAUAAGAGCAGAACUUGACAAUUAGAGCGGCCCAUUUCCGAUGCUCUUGUGUGAGGAUCUGGAAAGAGUCUCUCACUCAUUGUACUUGUGCAUUAUGAAUGUGUCCAUCUGCAGAGAUCUAAUGUACACAUAUGUCCUGAAUAUUGUCCUAAGGUUGCAAGCUUCAAAAAUGAGCAGAAAACAUUCCCGAGAAGUGAGAAUAAUACAGAUGUCUGUAUUUGAAAAAUUGGUUCAAAUAAAGUCUCUCACUUAUA